CCCAACAUGGCUGCCCCUAUGUUGGAUGUGGACUCGUGACGUCUCGUGACUGUUAUGAAGAAGCGGUGUGCUGUGGUCAACUGUAUGGAACACUUGCACACGGACGGUAGCCGAGAGAUAGGAUUGUUCGUCGUCGACUCAAACCGAUUCGAACGUUGGCCCAUCCUAAAGAAGUACGUCUACAAGCAGGCGCUCAGCGAUCUCGAGACUGGAAAGAGAUUAUAUUUGGUGAUCUGCAGCGCCCAUUUUGAGAAGAAAUACGUGAGGCGAACGCCCAGCGGUAGCUUCAAGGUGGUGAAGGGUGCCACACCAACAGUAUUUACCUCACAUACCUCACCGUCGUCGAAGCGUCGUCGAUCUAUUGAUAUCGUGGAGCCACUGUGUGCAGACACAGAACUUGAGGCGGAAAAGCCCUCGAACCUUGCAUUGUUGAAGCUAACGAUCAAUCAGCCGACUGUUCUACUCGAGCCUCUAAUAAAGCUCCUUGCCAGCCAACAAGCUGUAACUGUAAAGCGCGUAACACCAUCAAUCAAACACCCGCGUCGUGGACCCACAAAAAAACCGUCUGCCAACCAACCGGUUGUUGUACUUGAACGUCUAUCAGAAGAAUGGCAGAAGAACGUGACUGGUGUAGCAUCAGGUCCUUCCACUUCAGCAGUCACUGAACAAUCCCCGUGCACUCCUAAAAAGAAGCGGGUCAGAGCAAAACGAAAUCCAGUUGUUGCUAGGAAGAAUCCAAUCGUUUCUUGGAAGAAGCAAGUACGUGCUAGGAAGGAUCCAGUCGUUGCUAGGAAAAAGCAAAUUGUUGCUAGCGCAGGCAAUCGCUGGCGAAAAACAAAGUUUGCGCGAAAGCGACGUUCCUCGGGAGAUGUGUCACAUGAGCUUACUGAGCUAAAGGAGCGCCGAAAACGACGUCUGGCACAUAACGAGAUCUUACAAAUAUAUACCUCACGUCCUCAGCCGUGUGAAUCUCCGAAACCUUUCGGCGAUGUGCCGUUAGCAGCGAGUGUCAACCCUGUUUCGACUUUCCCAGAGACCGCACGUGAUCCGAACGUUCCCAAGGCUCUCUUGUCGCAGCCGUCUGCGCAUGACAGCCGUCUGAAGAUAUAUCGGUUCGGCGACGAAGGUUGGCAGUGUCAGGGGGCGCCGCCGGACGUGGGUAAGGACUGCGCGACAGUGACGCCGCUCAGUCGUCACGACGACGCCACGACACUCACCGAUGCGCUGUUUAACGAGUUGAUACGGAACGACAGUGUUCUCGCGUCACAGCUCUACGAUUGCUACCAGCUACAGAGGUGUGCUGUCCCACCGCGCACCCAAGCCGCACCACACACGACCCAAGCCCCCCCGCUCACGACCCAAGCCCCCCCCCGCCCACGACCCAAACCGUACCAAGCACCCCCGUGCAUCCCCGCCUCCGCUGGUCGGCCUCCCACCCGCAUUCACCCUCAUACUCUCUCUCCGGCCCUUCGGGUCCGGCUGCUACCCCUACCCCUAACAUCCUACAGCCGCCCAGUCCGCAGGCCGCAGCAGCCCCAACCCGUAAUGUAG